AUGGGUGUGGCCAGCCGCCCCAGUGCACUGUGUGGGCGAGUGGUGGGGCCAGUGGUAAUAGCCUUCUGCUGGCUCGUGGCCGCCGCCUGCGCUCAGCUCCCCCCCUCUCUCUCCCUCCCAGCCCAGAUAAGCGUCCCCCCUCCCUGGCACUCUCUCCCCCUCUCCCAGUCCGACCUGGGCCUCCUCUUCUCCAACUCCACCCCGUUCUCCCUCUCCCAGUCCCUGCUCCUGCAGCCUCUGGCAGGGGCGACCUCCAAAGCAGGGGUCCGGGCUUCAUUCGGGCCUUACUCCGUCACACAGCUGGUCUCCAGCCCCAUCCUCCCUCUCUCCCCACCUCUGACGGCUUCUCUCCUCUCUAAAACUGUUGAAAGAGAGAGGAAAGGAGAGAGAGGAGAGAAGUUCAAGGUUCGAGUUUUGUUUCACUGGCGUGGAGAUCCCACUAGGGGGAGCUGUGUCACACUACAUGCAUUUAAGGAGACAGAAGAAAAAAAAGCCACUUGCAUGACACAGCCUCCGCUGGGAUUGUGUGUCAUCUCUCUCCCUCUUCCAAAAGACUGGUUUGCAGCGGAAAAGAGGAGCACUUUGAACCAAAGACACUCUGAGAGACUGCAAUACGCACACAGACACAGGCACAGGCACCGGGGCCGGCGGCAGUGGGACACCCCAGCCUUCCUCAAAAGUAAACAGAGCCACUCCGCAGACCAAAUACAGCUCUACUACUCUUCCCCUGGCUCCAUCGCAAACCUUAAACUAUCACCCCCUGGCUGUGAGGAGGACAAAAUGCAGCACUCUCAGAAAAGACUCUAUCACAUCGGAGCUGUGACCCUGGAGGAGACAAAGACAGAGAAGAACAGGUCGAGAGACGAAGUGGGGUGUUCAGAUGGGCAGGAACAGGAGGAGCUAAGGGUGGAUCCAAACGUGGUGAUUGGCUACCGCAGGGGGCCAGUCCGCGCUGGUCAACCAAUUGGAGUGUCCGUCAGCGUGAGAUCAAAUUUCACUGGGGACUUUGUGGUCAUCAGACUGAAGGUGAAGAAAGGCCUUGUGUCCUUGCUGGCUCAGCCAUCUCUGGCCUCUGAUUUCUGGGCUGUCACCUUGGAGAGAAGCACAGGAUCCAAACACAACAUCAUCUCAAUCAUCUGUCUCAGGGCAGGCAGCCACACUGGAACAUACAGCCCCACUGUUCUUCAGGAGGUCGCCUGUCUCUCUGUGGACGGUUUACAGAAGAGUUUUGGGGUUGCCAUGACAGUGACUGCCCAGUGGUGGGUCGAAUAUUCAGGUCGCAAUAACCACCUUCCCCCACACGGCGGAGUGAUGAACACCUUCUCCUUCACAGACAGAGACAUAGUGGGCAUCGCUCCCAUAACUGAGAGCAGCACAAUCAUCAACACUGCCAUCCUCACCAGCCAACCCGUGUCACUUCCUGUCAUUGUCCUGGCAGUGGAGCAUGAUGGGAAGGUCUCUGAUGUCACUGCUGCUGUCACAUGCCGUUCCACUAAUGAGGAUAUUGUGAAGGUGUCCAGCGAUUGCUCCGCCCUCUUCGUUGAUGGAAGUGAAUCAGGAGUGGGCAGCACAUGCAUGGGGGUGGAGUUUUACCUGGGCACGCUCAGUGGCGCCCUCUGUCUGUCCGUCUGGGCUCCCAUUGUCCCCCUUGUCAUCUCGCUCUCCGACCCUGUGCUGAAUGCCAUAGAGGGCUGGACCUACUACACCGAAAGCGGGUGUUCUCCUGUCUUUCAGCGAUCCACAGUCCAGGUGUUGGCACAAUUUGCUGCCCAGCCAUCAGCUGAGACAGGCCAACUAACCUACAUGCUCGGCUCACCUGAUUGGUUCAUCGAUGUAACUGAGCUUGUUCGCGAUUGGCUGAAGGUGGAGAAACCAAGAGUGGCUGCACUUGACAAGCAUGGCUAUCUGGUUGGCUUUCAGCCUGGAGUCACAUCAAUACAAGUUGUAUCUGACCAAUGGGAUGGUGUGCUGGGCAGCUGUGAUGUCAUUGUGUCUGCUGACCAUGUGACACCUGGUGACCUAUCAGUGCAGCUGGUGGGAGGACUUAGCCUUUCAGUCAAGGCAAACCCUGCUCACCCCUCUGUAGUCACGGCAACGGUGACAGCUCAUAACACACUGUACAACCAUGGACAGGAAGCAUCUCUCAGCUUCUGGCUCCAGUUCAGUGAUGACACGGCCUCGCUGGUCUCCGCCUUCAGCUCCAUCCCCUUCUCCCUACGCCUGUCCUCAAUGGCCGAAACGGUGGUCGUCGUGACGCCCGCCCCAUCCCAGCGCGUCAUUGCCCAGGGCGACGGGGGAGGGCCCUUGCUGAAAGCGGAACUCCUCGUCUCAACCUGCCAGCCAACGUCCAACUCGAUUGAGGGGGCGGAGCCCAACGCAAGAGGAGGGGGCGGGACCAAGAGGCUGGCGAAGGGUUCCGGGUGGGUCAGGGUGAAUUUAGACUUAGAACUCCGGCCUGUGGAGAGUGAGGAGCAGGACUUCGAAAUGCUGGAAAUUUCCGAGGUGCUUCUGGAGUCCGAAAAAGGCCUGUACAACCAUUUCGGGGACAGUGACGGUAACCUGGGCAACUCCUCCAGCGACUAUGGCGACAGCAACGUCAGUCUGAAAAAUGACCUGGAGAGGGCAGUCCUGACGCCAAACCACGAGGGGAGUGGAGUUUACUUCUCCCCAGGCAUGGAGAGGGAGAGAGGGGAGGGGAAGAGCGGAGAGAGGGAGCUGGAGGUGGGAGUGGGCGCUGUGCUCUCCCUGCUCUGCCUCUCCAUGCUGCUCUUCCUGAUAAACUGCCUUCCCUGCGCUCUGAGAGAGAGAGGGAGGAGGAGGAGAAACAAGUAA